AUGGCUACCACCGCCCCCCUCAGCGCGAAAAGCAAGCUUGCGGGUCCAGGCGCAUCAUUGAAAAUCACUCCUUCGAAUUCACCAAUCUUAAGACCGGGUACACGAUCUCCCAGCAAAACCUCCCACCAUUCCUCCUUGUCCCUUCAAACCGUCAUCGGCACAACCACCACGACCCCCAAUGGGUUCUCGAGUCACGACCAGAGCAAGAGCUUUGCUCUGUGCGCUGGCUCCGCCGCAGUGCUCGCAGAACUAGACGAGGACGCCAACCUCUGCCAGCGCUUCUUCCGAGCACGGCCCUCCGCGACCAGCGUCAAUCCAGCAACUUCGUUUUACAAUCAAUCAACUCCACCGGUCACUCCAGACCCGAGGGCACGCUCUCUAUCCCACAUUCGAUCCAAUCCGCAUAUCAAUGUUCACAAUGGAUCCCCGUCCAGCGAAGUCGGUGAAAGUGGGAGCCCCCGCGGGUGGUCCUCGAGAGAACGAAUCAAAGCAGUGACGAGUGUCUCGAUCAGCCCCAAUGGAAGAUUCCUUGCGGUAGGAGAGACUGGUUAUAACCCUCGAGUUCUGAUCUUUUCGACAGCAAAAGAUGCUUUACCAGAUGUACCGCUAUCUAUAUUGAAUGAGCAUACAUUCGGUGUAUGCAGUCUCGCAUUCAGUCCGGAUUCCCAGUAUUUGGCGACCCUUGGCAACCCGAACGAUGGGUUCCUCUUCAUCUGGGCAAUCAACCUCAAGAAUGGAUCGGCCAGGCUGCAUUCCGCGAACAAGUGCACUUCGUACAUCAAAGACAUGUGCUGGGUUGGCCAAACGCUGGUCACGACCGGCGUGCGACAUGUCAAGGUUUGGCGUCUUCCAUCAAUGCGACCUAUAUCUCCCACCAAAUCACGUUUGAACGUCGACGGGGGUGGUCCCUCACCCAAUCCUGCCCCAAAAGCGCUUUCUGGGAGGAAUUGUCUACUGGGUGCACUCAGCGAUAGCUCAUUCACCUGUGUGAGCAGCAUCUCCGACCACGAGGCUGUGAUCGGUACAGAUUCCGGCGCAGUCUGCUUUCUCGAUGAUCGGGAGAAUUCUCAGAAGAUGAUCACGGUCAAGCAAGUUGGUUUUAGCAUCACAUCUCUGGCCGUUGAUUUCGACCAGGAAUCAGUUUGGCUCAGUGGGCGUGGAAGGCAGAUGCAGCGCUUGUCCUUUGAAACUCUGCGAUCUUGUGGCUCAAACAGACCGGGCUCUCCUACCCGCCUCGAUAAAAGCGUGAUUGACAAGAAGAACAAGGCUCCUGCAAUUACCUGCAUGGGCUUUCUGAACUCGCAUUUGGUCACUGUUGAAGCCACCCGUGAAAUACACAUCUAUCCGAUCAGCACUUUGCGCGAGGAGGGUGAGCAGGAGCAUGGUGAGUCUUUCAUGCAGGCACAUCGAGACCCGAUCCUCGGAAUUUGUCAUAUGAAGCUCCCCAAUGACUUUUCCGCGGACUUCUUUUCCUGGUCUCGAAACGGCUCCGUGAACUUCUGGGAUGCCCAGGGGAAGUGCCGGGCAUCGAAAGCGAUCGAUCUCGACCAAUUUUCGGGAAACGAAGAAGAUGCCGCUGCAAACGAACUCAAGGUGUUGAGAACAGCAGAAAAUGCGAACUGGUUUGUUUCAGGCGACAAGUUCGGUGUAUUGAGACUCCUUUCAAAUGCCGAAUGGACUUGUGUCAGCCAAGCCCGCGCCCAUGGUGGGGAGAUUACAGACCUGGCCCUCCAAGAAACUGCAGACUCCUGGUUGGUAGCAAGCUCCGGUCGUGAUCGGAUGGUACAACUGUUCGAGAAAAGAGACGCCGAAUUGCAACUGAUUCAAACCAUGGAUGACCAUGUCGGUGCCGUUGGGAAAUUACUAUUCAUCAACGACGGCGAAAAGCUGCUUUCAUGCUCAGCAGACCGCACUGUCCUUAUAAGAGAUCGUGCGACAAGAGAAGUGGAGGGUGGCACAUCUGUUGCCUACCUCGUUUCCAGAGUCAUUACUCUGAAAGCAUCCCCUGUCUCAAUGACGCUUUGCCCGGAUGACUCCAGCAUCCUAUAUGUUUCUACGAUGGACCGCUGUAUCUCCAAGUUUGACAUCCCUUUAGGGCGCCAUCUGCACUGUUUCAAGGCAUCAGAUUCAGAGUCGACUGAUGCAGUUAUCAUGGGCUCAUUGACAGUUGCAUCAGAGAUCCCAGGCCAGACCCCGAAACUUCUCAUUGGUGUCUCGACCACUGACAAGUCUCUCCGCGUCUAUGAUCUCGAGCGAGAUCAACUUCUCACCGGCGAAUUUGGCCAUACAGAGGGCGUAACGGAUGUGCUUCUUCUGGAGGACCGCAGCGAGGAGUCUGAAGGAGCACCUAAGCGCACUGUGGUCAGUGCUGGCAUGGAUGGAAUUCUCAUGAUAUGGAAUCUGUCCGUCCUGCAGCAAAUAUCACAGGACCUCGUUCAGAACACAAGAGAUGAUGACGAUACCCCUGCCAAAGAAAACACCGCUGCUAAACCCCCUCUCAGAAAAGUUCUUUCUCGCAGCGAGUUGGCUGGCUUUCAACGUCCCGACAGUCCUAACCCUGCGACUCCAACACCUAUACGCGAGCGCUCGCCGACUCUAAUGAGAAAGAUGUCGAGGCUAUCUCUAGCACCGUCUUCCCUGAAGAACCACUCUGUCUCAGAAACCUCAUCAUUCCCAAAUCGUCUCUCUCCCUCACCUGCUACACCAACGGACAGGAGCCGUCGGUCACCAUCGCCCGUGAGUCCCAAAUCCACGGCCUCGGUGCCCAGAAAGCCGAACGGUUCAAGGAACAGCAACCGCCGGACAUCUAUGGAUUUCAGAACCCGCGCCAAAACAACGCCACGAAGCGAGUUUGGCAGUCUUGAUAUGUCCACCGAGCAGGUGUGCCGCACACUCCGGGCCUACCGCAAGAAACUCAACGGUUCCACACAACGCAUCCAAGCACAAAAGGAGCUUGAGCGGGAGCUGAGUCUUACUCUCCGUGUUGUCACUGGCCGUGGCCAAAGUAGCGAUGAAAGCGGAGAAACAGAAACCGAUAGCAGUGGCAGAGACAUGGAUCGGAGGUCCAGUCAUUCAUCUCGGUCAUUGAAGUCGCCCCAGAUGCCCCGCCAUAUGCCCUCUACUCCAUCGCUGCGGCACAAGGUGGUACGCCAGGUUUCACGGAGCCGUUCAUACGAUGCCACAGCAGAUGGAGAUGAGUGA